UCGCGCGUGGCCACUGAGGCCACGCCCACUUCCGUCUCUUCAAUUUCAGCAUGGCUGCUCUAGGUACUCUGCUGUCCACAGGUAUCCGGAGGCUGCACUGCAGCGCGGCGGCUCGGGCGGGCAGCCAGUGGAGACUCCAGCAGGGCCUGGCUGCCAACCCCUCCGACUACGGUCCCCUUACGGAGCUCCCAGACUGGUCUUACGCCGAUGGCUGCCCUGCUCCACCAAUGAAAGGCCAGCUUCGAAGAAAAGCCCAAAGGGAGAAGUUUGCAAGACGAGUUGUACUGCUGUCACAGGAAAUGGAUGCUGGGUUACAGGCAUGGCAGCUCAGACAGCAGGAGAAGUUGCAGGAAGAAGAAUGGAAGCGGAAAAGUGCUCUUAAACCUAAAGGGGCUGCUCUGCAGAGCUCACUACCAAGUCAAUAAAAAGCAACUGUCUCCCUUUCCCAGGCUCUCUUUGACUUUCUUGCUGUCAUUUUCAUGCCUCAUCCCAGCCAUCGUUUUUAUUCC